AUGUACGUGAGCUACCUCCUGGACAAGGACGUGAGCAUGUAUCCCAGCUCCGUGCGCCACUCCGGCGGCCUCAACCUGGCCCCGCAGAACUUCGUCAGCCCCCCGCAGUACCCGGACUACGGCGGCUACCAUGUGGCGGCCGCCGCCGCCGCCGCCGCGAACUUGGACAGCGCGCAGUCCCCGGGGCCGUCCUGGCCGCCCGCGUACGGCGCCCCGCUCCGCGAGGACUGGAACGGCUACGCGCCGGGGGGCGCGGCGGCCGCCGCCAACGCCGUGGCGCACGGCCUCAACGGGGGCUCUCCGGCCGCCGCCAUGGGCUACAGCAGCCCCGCCGACUACCACCCGCACCACCACCCGCACCACCACCCGCACCACCCGACCGCCGCGCCCUCCUGCGCCUCGGGCUUGCUGCAGACGCUCAACCCCGGCCCCCCCGGGCCCGCCGUCACCGCCGCCGCCGAGCAGCUGUCCCCCGGCGGCCAGCGGCGGAACCUGUGCGAGUGGAUGCGGAAGCCCGCGCAGCCGUCGCUCGGCAGCCAAGUGAAAACCAGGACGAAAGACAAAUACCGAGUCGUGUACACGGACCACCAGCGUUUGGAGCUGGAGAAGGAGUUUCACUACAGUCGCUACAUCACCAUCCGGCGGAAAGCCGAGCUGGCCGCCACGCUGGGGCUCUCCGAGAGGCAGGUUAAAAUUUGGUUUCAGAACCGCAGAGCGAAGGAAAGGAAGAUCAACAAGAAGAAGCUGCAGCAGCCGCCGCCGCCGCCUCCGCCGCCGUCCCAGCCGCAGGCUCCCCAACCGCAGCCAGGUCCCCUGAGAAGCGUCCCGGAGCCCCUGAGUCCCGUGUCUUCCCUGCAGGGCUCGGUGCCUGGCCCUGUCCCUGGGGUUCUGGGGCCGACUGGGGGGGUGUUAAACCCCACUGUCACCCAGUGA